AUGGAAAGUAAUAGCAAAAAAAAAAGCGUCUAUUCAUACAAGGAUAAGAGUCAAAAUAGUUUGAGCAGUCGAAAGUCCAAAGAAAGUAUUUCAAGUUUUGACGAUUAUUUAAAUGAUGAAAAUAACAAGACAAGGAAGGCAAAUUUUAUGAGAAAUUACUUUUGGUUUUUUCAGAGUAAUAAUAAUUCGAGAAAAAGUUUGUAUGACUCAUUUUCUUAUGAAACCAAAUGUUAUAAUGGGAAUAAUACUAGUAGUCAUUUAGAUAUAGAAAAUAAAAAUGUGAGUGCAGUAGUAGACAUGGGUGAAAAUAGCAAUUUAUUUAACUCUAAUAAGAGUUCAUUCGAAUACAUAAAAGAAGAAGCAAAAGCUAUGUCCUCUAGAAAAUCAUUUUAUUCUAUAUAUGAUUAUACCGAUGAAAAUGAAGAGAGUGAUUAUAACACUUUGAAAGAAAGUGAACAAGGGGAUAUAUUCUUCCAUAGGAAAAACUUAGAUCCAGUUGUAAAAGACAAAUUAAAGAAAAGAAGAUCCAUUGAAAAUUAUAUGCAUAUAUACGACACUGAUAAUUCAUGCAGUAACGACGCAAGUAAUGAUGAUACAGAUGAGGGUAAAUCCCCUCAUGUAAGACGACAUAAUACGUGUUCUUCACAAGUUGAUAAUGUGCAUUGUCAACAAGUUCAAAAUAUACAAAUGGAAUAUUUUGAAAAAAACGUUCAACAAAAGGGAUAUAAUAAAAAAACAGCAACAUGGUGUCCCACAGAAAACAUAGAUAAACUAGUAAAACGCUAUAAAAUAAACAAAGCACAAGGAAAAAUUCACUAUGUUGGAAUUAAAUCCAUCCUAAAUAAAUAUAUAUAUAUUAUAAAGAAUGAAAAUGUUUUAUUUUUUAAAAAAAAAUUAAAUAAAAAAAAAAUUCUUUUAAGUAGUAAAAUUAAGAAAAGAUACAGCAGGUGUAAAACAUUUUACUAUACACAAAAACAGCAAAAAAAAAAAAUGGAAAUAGGGAAAAAAAGUGAUAAAAUAAAUAAAUGCCAAUUUAUCAGAUAUUUAUUCUAUUGUAUGCUGAAAACAAAAUUUAAAAAUUAUUACAGGAAUAAAAAAAUGAAAAAACUACUGAGGUAUGUAAAUAAACAGACCAAUAAAAAAUCAUAUCUAAAUGAGCACACAAAAGGUGGUGUCCAAAAUUGUGAAUAUAAAAACAUCAGGAAAGAGGAAAAUGACAUAAAUGGAAAUUGUCUUAAUGAAUUUUUCCCCAGAGAUGAUAAGAAGAAUAGUGAAGUAUUUGAAUUUGUCAGAAGUAACCUUAAUGAUUGUGAAAGGGGAACGGAAGAUUCUUCUCUUCUUCUUGCCAACAGUGGUACCAGCGAAGAUGCAUGCAUCCAAUUUGAGGGAAGAUCAAACGAAUCAAACAAAAAUAUAGUACAUCAAAAUCUGAAAUGUGAAAUAAAAAACAUGACAUAUGACAGAGCAGAAGACAAUUCGAUAGGGUAUAAUGAAAAAUCGAAUGAACUAAACAUAGAACAUAGUAAUGAAGAAAAAGACAUUGAUAGAUAUAAUGCAACACCUAGUAGCUGUAACCUUGGAAAUGAUAUAAAAAAUAUGCCCUUACACGAUUGUUAUAGUAAUAAAGAGGAAGAAAUUUGCAUUUGCCAAAGUUGUAGAGAAGUAUACAUGGAUUAUGUAAUUCAUAAUGGGGAACCAAAUAAAUUGAAUAAUUCUAUGUUAUCAGAAGACAUAAGUACCAUAAAGCAAAUUGUUCUGUCUAAAAGAGACGAAUAUGCUACCAAAUAUCAGCCACAACUUAUGAAUGCAUCUGAUUUCAUACAAUGCCAAAACAGACACAAUGAUGUCCAAAGAAACUUAUGUGACAGUGAUUACAAAGAAGAGAAGUUAAAAAUGGAAUCAAAUGAAGAAAGAGAAUCACAUCUACAUAUUAAAAUGGAUUCAGUCGAUGAAAAUCAAUGUUCCAGUAGAGAUGUUGUUGGAAUCAUUUUUAAUGAGAGCCCUCGAAGGGGAAGUCUUCUUUUCGAUUUAGAAGAAAAGAACAACAUGAUGGAAGAAGAGGAAAGAAACAAUAGAAAUUGCAUUCAGAUGGAAGAGGUUGAAAGGAUGAAAGGAAGUAGCGAAAGAUGUAGCAGAUUAAUUGAAGACAGGAAAAGUUCAAUGUUGGUAGAGAGUAGCGAAAUUUUUGAUUCCAACGAAUUGCAAGAGGUUGAAAGGAUGAAAGGAAGUAGCGAGGGAUGUAGCAGAUUAAGUGAGGACAGGAAAAGUUCAAUGUUGGCAGAGAGUAGCGAAAUUUUUGAUUCCAACGAAUUGCAAGAGGCUGAAAUGAUGAAACAAUGUAACAAAAAUUGCGCUUCUAAGGAAUUGGAAGAUGAUGAAAGGAUGAAAGGAGGUAACCAAAGUUGUGAUUCUAUCGAAUUGGAAGAUGUUGAAAGGAUGAAACAAUGUAACAAAAAUUGCGCUUCUAAGGAAUUGGAAGAUGAUGAAAGGAUGAAAGGAAGUAACCAAAGUUGUGAUUCUAUCGAAUUGCAAGAGGCUGAAGGGAUGAACGAAAGUAGCGAAAAUUUUGAUUCUGACGAAUUGCAAGAGGCUGAAAGGAUGAAACAAUGUAACAAAAAUUGCGCUUCUAAGGAAUUGGAAGAUGAUGAAAGGAUGAAAGGAAGUAACCAAAGUUGUGAUUCUAACGAAUUGCAAGAGGCUGAAAGGAUGAACGAAAGUAGCGAAAAUUUUGAUUCUGACGAAUUGCAAGAGGCUGAAAGGAUGAACGAAAGUAGCGAAAAUUUUGAUUCUGACGAAUUGCAAGAGACUGAAAGGAUGAACGAAAGUAGCGAAAAUUUUGAUUCUAACGAAUUCGAAGAGGUUAAAAUGAUGAAAGAAGGUAAAGAACGUUGUAAUUUUUCACUUAGAGAGAAAGACAAAAGGGAAGUGCAGAAGAAGAAAAAUUAUAUGUAUAACAAUAGUAGCAGCAAGAAUGGAUACAAUAAAAACGUAGAACACACCGAGUCCUCCUUUAUGGAAGAAGUUCACACAGAUGAAAAAGAAUAUAUAAGCGAUAACAACAAUGGAAAUGAGAAAAGUGACAUCACUUGUGGAGUAAGUAAUUUCGAAAAUUACUCUCUAACAAAGAACAAAAGUGACAUUGGAGAAAAUGGAAUAAGUGAUACUUCAGUGAACACAGUUGAGUAUGGAAAACAUAGGGGAAUAAAAAAUUAUAACAGUGUAGAAAUAAAUGAAUUAUUGUUAGAGAACAUGAUUAAUAGAGAAUUUUUUAGUGACUCACGAAAUAAAUGGACAAGCGGAAAUGAAAAUAUAUCAGAUGAAGACUACAUAAAAAAUGAAUCGCAAAAUGGUGAAAAAAAUAUACUUGAAAAAGAAGUAGAAAGUGACACACGUAAAGUUGUUAACUCUGAGGAGGAUAUUGUAAAUAAUAUGGAAGUGGAAAUAAAAAAAAGUAUCGAAGAAAUAUUCAAGAAUCUUUUCGACAGUGACAUUAUAAAUGAAGACUCUGAAUUCAAAAAGGUGGAUGAACCUUUGGACAAUGCGUAUGACAAACAAGCCGGGACAAUAAGGGAAAAUAUAGGCAGCGGUAAUGGGGAAUCAUAUUAUUGUAAGGCUGACAGGAUAGAUGAUCAGAAUUAUUCUGAAUCUGAUGAGGUAGAAAAAGACGAACCUGAUGAGGUAGAAAAAGAAGAACCUGAUGAGGUAGAAAAAGAAGAACCUGAUGAGGUAGAAAAAGACGAACCUGAUGAGGUAGAAAAAGACGAACCUGAUGAGGUAGAAAAAGAAAAACCUGAUGAGGUAGAAAAAGACGAACCUCGUGAAGUGGAGGACGAAUGGGAGGAUACAGGCCGGGAAAAGAAAAUCAAACUACACAACGGAUCCGGAAUGGAAUCAAUUAGCAACUUUUUUCAAUCGUUCGAGAGUAUAAACAGCAGUUACCUGGAAUCGGAUAUAGAAGAGAGAGAAACGAGGGAGAAAAUUCUAAAGUCGCUUCCAAAGAAAAAACAGAAGAAAAAGAGAAAACUAAAACUACGAAAAAAACUACGGAAAAAAAGAACAAAAACGAAAAGGGUGGAGAAGAACGUGAAAAAUGGAGAAUCAAAAUUAAACAUGAAGAUGAAAAACUCAAAAAAGGAAUCAGAAAAAAAUAUAGACUACAGACACAAGAUGAUAGCGUCAGAAGAGGAGAACACGUUGUAUGCUCAUUUACAAAAUCGAAUUAUUAAGGAUUUUAAAAAGGGGUAUCUAAAGAAAAUGAAAAGACUUUUUAACAAAAAGUACAGACAAAUGGAAAAGGACAUUACAGAGAAUAUCAAAAGUAUUGUGUAUGACUUUAACAAUCGAGGUGAAAUUCUUGAGGAGAACGUUAAGGGUAUGGGUAAAAUAAAGAUGGAAGAAGAUAAGUCCAUUCAUAAUGUAAGCACUAUUGGUGUAUUGAUAAAAAGUGAUAUAAAUAUUGAGACCAACAAAGACACAGUACUCUCGAUUGGAAAUACAAUAAAUAAGCAUAAAAAUAUUUCUCUUGAAACAACAGGAAAUGACAGCAACAACAUGGAGAAAAAUUAUGAUAAAAACAGAAAAAUGGUCAGUUCAAUCUCUGAUGUAUAUGCGAAUGAACCAAGGGGACAGGGUGAAACGGGUGCAUUAAAUAGGAUAGAAGAUAUCCACAAGGAAACGAAUGUAGACAUGCCUGAGCAGUACAUAUAUAGGAAUUUAUGUAAAAAGCAUAAGAAGGAGAAAAAAAAUACAAAUGAAAAGAUCGAGAAGGAUAAUCAAAUGAGUUACAAUGAGUGUGUACCAAUUAAAAGUAGUAUCAUAUCUUUCCAAAAAGAAAAUUGUGACGAUAAAGAAGGGUCAGAAAAAGUAUAUCAUGAGAGUAAGGGUAGUGAAGAUGUUGUUUCAUCCACAGCUAGCCAAAUAGAUAGGACACAAAAAUAUUUUUUACAAAAAUUAAACUGCGAAAAAAUAUGUUUAUUGACAAAAAAAUUAGGGAAGAAGAGUAAAUUAUUCAACCAAAUAAAUAAUAUGACAAAAAAAUGCAUUGCAGAUAUAUUUAUGCAUAGAAUGAAUAGUAUUAGGAAAAAUCAAAAUAAAUGGAGUAACAGUAUAAACGACAAAAUGAGUCAAACCAGAUUAAAUGAUAUGAAAGGGGUAAAUUUGGCUUCGAACCAUAAGCUAAUGCUACUUAACGAUGAUUGUAACAAUCAUUUAACUGAAGGAGCAAAGAAAAAUAAAAAAAAGCACCCAAAUGAGUACCCACUCGAGAUAUAUGAAGCAAGACGAGAAGCUCAUGAACGUGUGAAAUUAGAUAAAAAUGAAUAUGUAGGAGAGACACAUUUCAGUAAUGCACACAACCUAAUGUGUAGAAAAAUAAGAUUGCAUGUAUGCGACAAAAAUUUUAAAAAACACUCAUUUCUAGAUUACAUCAGACAAAGGUUACAUAAAUCAAAAGGAAAUCCAAAGCGUUUUAAUAUCACUCAUUUGAUGAAAGGUUAUCACCCAUAUACACAAGUGACAAAGGGUACAAGCGGCACAGUGGUUUAUGCGCAUCAUCCAGCGUGUAGCAGUGUUGGACGUGUUGGAAGUGUUGGACGUGUUGGACGUGUUGGACGUGUUGGAAGUGUUGGAAGUGUUGGAAGUGUUGGAAGUGUUGGACGUGUUGGAAGUGUUGGAAGUGUUGGAAGUGUUGGAAGUGUUGGAAGUGUUGGAAGUGUUGGAAGUGUUGGAAGUGUUGGAAAUAUUGGAAGUGUUGGAAGUGUUGGAAGUGUUGGAAGUGUUGGACGUGUCGCUAGUGUUGGACGUGUCGCUAGUGUUGGAAGUGCUUCUAACACUGGACGUGCUGCUACUGAUGAAGGUGGGAGCAUCAGUUGCAGCAGUAGCAUUGGGACAAUUUAUGUUCCCCAAUACAAAUGUCGACAGGAAGAAAAAGGUAUUUAUAAAGAUCGAAUAGAGAGUGAAUUAAUACAAUUGAAUUAUUUCAAUUCUGCAAAUGGUGACAAUAGGAACAUUCCAUACUUUGUACAAAUUUGCAAAGAUGAUAAUUACCAUCGCUAUAGAACGAACAAGAACAAUGAAAUGAGGGUUCAAGCAAAUUUGCUGUGCACACUUAAGGAUAGAUCUAAUAAGAACAUAAUUACCAACCAAGUAGGUAAGCAUUACCUGCACCUUAACAGAAUGGAUCUACGUCAACAGAAUCUAUAUGCGCCUUACUCAGUUGAAUCGGUUGGCACUAGUGUCCCGUUGGAGGAAUGCAAAAGUGUGAAUAAGAAAAUGUGUGACAAGGCUAAAGUGUAUAUAAAUAAAAAUAAUCAUAUUAUCAAGAAAUGCAACAAGCGGGAUAAAUGUAACAUGUACAAACAGUGGGAUGUAAAAACAGGAGUAAACAUUUUGACAGGUAUAAAACCUAGGAGGGUAGAUACUAAAAAGGAUUCUAUUAGACACCACAUAAAGGAAUUAAAUCAGGGUGUGUCUUUUGAAGAGACAAAAUUUAUAGACAGCAGAGCGAAUAUUCGUUCGGGAAAAAUCGAAAUGGAACUAAAUGUUAAGGAGAAACAGGGAUGGUCAAAUUGUUUAAACCAGCCUGUUAUGAAGCAACAAAUGAAUAGCAACACAGAUGGAAUAAACUCUGUUAUCUUCAUGAAUUAUAAUAAUUCUUCUCCCAAGAAAGUAGGCUCCAGAGGAGUUGGUCAAAGUCGACAAGAGACUCAAAGGGCGUAUAUCCCCAUGGAACAUGAUAUGCACAAGAGGAGGUUUUUUCAAAGGAAAGAAAGUGACAAAUUAGGAAUUUCUUAUUCUGGGUCGAGAUUAGACAAAGAUACUACUCUAAAAGUGAAGAAGAAAAAGAAUAAUUUAUUCACAGUAAAUCAUAAUACAAUGAAUAUUCGAAAUCAUUAUGGUGAUUAUACAGAAGAGGUAAAAUUUUGUUGGAAUAUAAGUGAAGGUAUGUUACGUACAAAUACAUUGCAGAAGGAUAAAUCGAGCUCUAAAAAUUGUAUUUUAAAAAACAUGUGUAGUGCUUAUGAUUACUUUAACAAUUAUCAUAAUAUAAACACAAUUCAAAGGAACGGAAUAAAAAGUCCUCACACUUAUCAUGUGAAGGUGAAAAAAAUUAGCUUUGAUAGCAAGAAUCAAGUUUGUAAAUUAUGGGGGAAUGAAGGAAAUCUUAAAAAUAUACUUUUGUGCAAUGCACAUGAUACAAAUUUUAAAAGAAUGACACUUAAAAAUAAAAACAUUGAAAGUUUUCACAUAUGUUCCAUUAAUUCUGCACGUAUUGAUGAAUUGGAAAAUGUAAAUUAUCGACAUCAAAUGGAAAACAUUUGCAUAUUCCGUGACUUUUAA